CAUUAUUCCCCCAAGCAAGGUGCGGCGCUAAUUUCAAGACAUCAAUGACUGACUGGGGAUGAAGCGUAGUAAACGUGAUGCGUUGCCGACUCCGUCUUCUUCAACGCCGGCGACAUCAAGACGUCACUUGGAGCUUUCACCGGCUUUUUCCUGCCUUAGGGAUUCCGAUACAGACAACUCCACAGAAAACUGUGGAUCACUAGGCUCUCCUGUGUUAAAGAGUUGCCAUUCACCUGUAAGAUAUUCCCCUCUGGGGUCUGCUGAGUCAUCUAAAAGGAGCUCUUAUGAAGAGACCUCCUCUCCAGAUGGUCAUGCAUAUAAUCCAGACAUGUCAAGUCUAUCAGUUGGUAAAGGCUAUUUGAGUGACCACUUGCAGCACAGUCUAUCUUAUGCUCGUUGCAUGGAACAGCGUGCACUUAACAUAUCUGCGCGUUUAACACAGACAGCAAAUUUAACGAUGAGUCCACGGUUUCUUUUCGCUCCAACUGCUCGUAUAUCAAAUGACAAGUCGGAUUGCAAGUCUGAUGAAUCUAAAAGGCUUUCAUUGGUUGAUGAUCUAAAUGCACAGUCUUAUUUGACUAUUAGUCAGCAAACCACAUCAACUGUGGAACGGUAUGCCCGUCUUGCGGAUGUCUGUCCCGAUCUUCUUAACAGUCGUACUGUGAAUAGAUUCAUGAUGCAAGGCACACCUGGCGAAAAUCAAGAAGAACGGCCCAUAGGGAUGAACCCUAUAUUCAACUGCAGCACUCUUGCAGGAUCAUUUUCAAACCUAGUGGAUAUAUGUCGGACAAGAUUGGCAGUAUUGUAUAAAGCUCGGCACCGUUUGAGUGGCGUUCUAUACUGUUUAAAGAGAUCACGCUGCGACUUUGAGACGGAAAAUUAUGGUGGCAGUUCUUCUAUAGAAAUGCUUAAUGAAGUACAAGCCUUAGCAUUACUGCAGCACACGAACAUCAUUCGCUUUUACAGUUCUUGGUACGAGGCUGAUUCAAUCUACACACAGUUGGAACUGUGUUUAGGUGGAAGCUUAUUCAAUCUACUACAUCCAGAUAGACAACAUGACACGUCUGAGGCGGUAACCGUCACUCCUCAAGUUAACUUUGAUGAAGGCGAAUACGCUUCCCCUAUAUCUGAUUCAUCAUGCGAUGCAAACCGUAACUAUCUUUCAGAAAAACCCUUAAUCAUAUUGGCAUCAAAUAUCCUUAGUGCUCUUCAUUAUAUGCACACUUAUUGGUCAAUGGUUCAUGGUGAUGUCAAACCGAGUAAUGUGUUAAUACAAUUAAGCAGACCAGAAGUAUACUUAGCAGCCGCACAGGAUUCUAUAGAAAUGGAUGCUAAGCGUUACUGUCAUAAGCUUCUGCUUGCUGGUGAUACUACAGGAAUAGUCUUUAAGUUGUCUGAUUUUGGUCGGGCGUCUCGAGCUGGUGAAGAUCGUGAUGGAGAGGAUUUGGGUGACGGACGAUAUCUCCCAAGAUUGAACGAUCCCAGUCCGCCAGCAAGGGCUGCCACUGGUCGUGACCUGUACGCCCUAGGCAUCACACUUUACCAUUCAGCAGGUGGGCCAAUGUCUGCGUCCGUUUGGGAACAGCUUCGCGAGAGAGAUUGUCUACCCGACCUCUCUGUGCUCCCAGUUUCUCUGAGACCAGCUGUCAAAAGUCUCCUAAGUCCUCUUGCCCAAGAUAGACCAACGACAUCUGAACUCCUAAAUUACCCGUUGUUUCGUCCUUAUGUAAAUAUUCACUCAGACGAUUCCUGUCCAUUGUUAGAUUUUGUUUGCGUUACCUGAAUUUCUGGACUUACUGACUCACGUGAUUAUUCAGACAAGACAGUGAUUUGAACUUUUAUAUAUUUACUUGUUGAAUAUGACAAACUCCCCAUGGAGUGCGAAAGUAUAAAUAAAUUUUUUCAAAAGUCGUA